AUGAAGUUCACAAUCACCUCUGUCUGUGCCAUCGUCAUGGCGUUCACUCCCCUCAUCUCCGCCGCUCCUGUUGCAGUAUCCCCAAACGAGCCCGAGCUCGUUCGCCGCGCAAACUCCGGUGACUUGACCUACUAUGAUGUUGGUCUCGGUGCUUGUGGCUGGACCAAUUCUGACUCCGAAUUGGUCGUUGCUCUGUCCCAUGGACUCAUGGGGACCCAAUCUAACGGUAACCCAUACUGCGGAAAGAAAAUCAACAUCAAAUACAAAGGAAAAUCCGUCACUGUCAAGGUCGUGGAUAAAUGCAUGGGCUGUGCUAAGAACGACUUGGAUUUGAGCCCUGCUGCAUUCAAGGUCCUGUCUCCUGAGUCUGCUGGACGUAUCAAGGGAACCUGGUCAUGGGCAUAG